AUGACUCUGGUAGCGGUUGGUGGCGUCGCUAUUGGUAUUGGCGACGACAUUUUUCAGUCGCAUGAUUCUUGCGACGGCAAAAGGAACUCUUUGUAUGGGAAUGCCAAUACGACAGGUACAAGAGUUGUACCUACAUCAUGCAUCAUUGACAAUUCAAGCAGUCUCUUUCAACUCCAACAUCUUCAAAGCCUCAAUUUGGCCAAUAACUACUUUAAUCUCGCUUCAAUUCCAUCUGCAAUUGGAAAGCUUGCAGACUUGAGGUAUCUGAAUUUAAGUGAUGCUUUUUUUUCUGGGACUAUUCCUUCAUCUGUUGUUUCUCUUCCCAAACUGGAAACAUUAACACUAUCCCACAAUCGGUUCUCGGGUCAAGUCCCUGAAUUUUCCAAUACCUCUUCGCCCUUACUUGAAACCCUUCAUUUGGAAAACAACAAUUUAGAAGGACAAAUACCAACAUCUAUCUUCAAUCUUCAAGGGCUUCUGUAUCUCAAUCUUUCUUCAAACAACUUCAGCAGCUUUCCUUUUAAUGGUCCUCGGCUGCCCAGAAAUCUUUCAUCGGUUGACCUUUCCCACAAUAGCUUGUUGUUUGAUCACAAUGACACUAAUUCCACCUUCCUUCAUAUUGAAAAUUUGGUAUUGGCUUCUAACAAGUUGAGAGCAUUCCCAGAUUUCUUGAGAACUCAGUCUACAUUAGACUACUUGGACCUUUCAAACAACCAGAUUCAAGGUGAGAUACCUAAUUGGAUUUUGAGUCUCAAAUCUCUUAAUUCCCUUGAUCUUUCUGGCAACUCCUUGGUGACUCUAGAAGCUCCUCUUCCUAAUUUUACUUCUGCUUUAUCUUCUCUGAACCUUCAUUCCAACAAGCUUCAAGGCGAGAUACCUAAUUGGAUUUUGAGUCUUAAAUCUCUUAAUUCCCUUGAUCUUUCUGGCAACUCCUUGGUGACUCUAGAAGCUCCUCUUCCUAAUUCCACUUCUGCUUUAUCUUCUCUGGACAUUCAUUCUAACAAGCUUCAUGGUGAGAUACCUAAUUGGAUUUUGAGUCUCAAAUCUCUUAAUUCCCUUGAUCUUUCUAACAACUCCUUGGUGACUCUAGAAGCUCCUCUACCUAAUUCCACUUCUGCUUUAUCUUCUCUGAACCUUCAUUCCAACAAGCUUCAAGGCGAGAUACCUAAUUGGAUUUUGAGUCUCAAAUCUCUUAAUUCCCUUGAUCUUUCUAGCAACUCCUUUGUGACUCUAGAAGCUCCUCUUCCUAAUUCCACUUCUGCUUUAUCUUCUUUGGACCUUCAUUCCAACAAGCUUCAAGGUAUCCAUUCCUCAUAUUCCUUCCUUCAGCUUGAUCACUUGGGAUUAGCUUCUAACAAGUUGACAACAUUCCCAGACUUCUUGAGAAAUCAAUCCCAUCUAACCUACAUAGACCUCUCAUACAACCAUAUUCAAGGACAGAUACCCAAUUGGAUUUGGAGUUUCGAACUUCGAGAACUAAAUCUUUCUUGUAACUCCUUGGAAAGUUUAGAAGCUCCUCUACUUAAUUCUACCUAUGUUCUGUCUUCAGUUGAUCUUCAUUCAAACCAGCUUCAGGGACAUUUCCCCUUGUUCUUAAAUAGUAGUUAUCUAGAUUACUCAAGAAAUAAUUUCAACUCUAGUAUAUUGAUUGACAUUGGUGAUUUCAUUUCUACUGGGUCUUACCUUUCUCUUUCAAGUAAUAACUUUCACGGGGCCAUUCCAAAAUCAAUAUGCAAUGCAAGUGGUGUGGUUCUUGAUCUGUCCAAUAAUUCCUUGAGUGGAAACAUUCCCCAAUGCUUGACUCAAUCACAUUCGCUUUUGGCCAUUGAUAUGAGGAGAAACAACCUGAGUGGCACAUUUCCUGAUAAUUUUCUCAAGGAUUGUGAGCUACGAACUCUCGACCUCAGCAACAAUCAAAGACAAGGCCAACUUCCGAAAUCUCUUGUCAACUGCUCAAAGUUAGAGGUUUUAAACCUUGGAAACAAUAACAUAACUGAUACUUUUCCAUGCUUUUUGAUGAGCAUAUCCACCUUGCGUGUCCUUGUUUUGCGGUCCAACAAGUUUUAUGGAAGCAUUAGAUGUCCCAAGACAAAUGGCACAUGGCCUGUGCUUCAAAUAAUAGAUUUAGCUUACAACAAUUUCAGUGGUGAUAUGCCAGGAAGAAUGUCUCUGACAUGGCAAGCUAUGGUGUCUAAUGAGGAUGAUUCUCCAACUAACCUUGGAUUUUCUUAUAAGCUGCCGGGCAGGUAUGAUAGAGAUAAUGAAAAUAUAUCUACUAGAGACAAUAUUCAGUUGGUUGCUCGGGGCGAUUAUUAUGGAGAUGCAUCUAUGGCUCGAAAUAAUCUGCCAUGCAGGUGUAAGACAGAUAAUAAAAAUCCAGUUGCAAGAUAUAAUUAUCGGUAUGUUACAGAUUCUACUAUAUUCACCUUGAUUGACUACUCCUCCAACAAAUUCAACGGAUCAAUACCUGAGGAAAUCGGAGAGUUGAAAUCACUGUAUGUCCUCAACUUAUCCGGUAAUGCUUUUACAGGAAAAAUCCCAUCAUCAUUUGGUAAGAUGCAACAACUGGAGUCCUUAGAUCUCUCAAAGAACCACUUGAGCGGCCAAAUUCCCCCACAGUUUGCAUAUCUCACUUUCCUUGCAUUCUUGGAUCUCUCAAAUAAUGAACUGGUCGGGAAGAUCCCAACCAGCACUCAAAUUUCAACAUUUCCAAAUACCUCAUUCGAAGGUAACAAAGGAUUAUGGGAGCCUCCUUUGACAAAGGAUGCAGUAUUGCCGCCACCAAUUUUAAAUGGAAGCUCAAGUAAUCCUAAUUCUGGAGAUGAGAUUGAUUGGGAUGUUAUCUGUGUUGAAAUUGGAUUUACAUGUGGGUUUGGAAUUGUCAUCGGGUCACUUUUGUUUUGCAAAAGAUGGAGGAAAUGGUAUUACAGAGCUAUACGUAGUAUUCUUUUCAAGAUAUUCCCUCAGCUGGAGCAAAGAUUUGGUAAUCAUAGAAGACACGUCUACGUAAACACAAGGCGUUGAAUUGGUUCGAAUGUAGUUGGACUCUAUAAUGCCUGAGCCUCACUUGGGCGUCUUUUCGUUGUUAUCACCACAUCUAGUCGUU